AUGCCAUUUCAAUCACCUACUGUGGAAGUCGAACCGCCGCUGAAACGGAGGAAGAUACGAAAGGGCACUACUAGUUGCUGGGAAUGUAAGAAAAGAAAAGUACGCUGCCACUUCAUCUCUCCGACAAGCAAGGUCUGCGUUGGCUGCUCACGACGCUUCACGCCAUGCUUGAGCCAGGAGUACGAUGUUGUGGGCGGGGAUUUCAACGGACAAGAUGGCAACGAACUCGGCCAGGAGGCUGGUGCCUCUAUGACACAGAGUCAGCGACUGGGACAAAAAGGGCCUGCCUCGUCACCGAAGCCUAGACGAGAUCUUUUGGAGGACGUUCUCACGCUAUCCCCAACAAUUAUUCCUAGAAAUGCUUCUGAGACCAACAUCCAACUUCUUGACUGCGCCGUUAGCAGACGCUACAGAAGAAUCUCCCGUGACCUGCACGCCGUCUUACCAUCACAGCGUGAUGCUGACCUCAUCAUUGCAGCCGGGAACACACCCUGCUUCCUGCAAUUUUUCACCCGGCCCUACAAGGACCUCUUUCGUGGCAACAUGCGACCUCCGUCUAGCCUGUCUGCUCUACCCAGUCCUUGCAGCCACCCAGUCCUCCUCGCCCGGACCCUGCUUUAUCUCGCCCAUGGAAUUCAAAACCUACACCCGUCCACUUUCAACGCUGAGCAGCUGAGCCUUGCGUCUCAUUCUAAAGCCAUGCGGGGAUACUUACAUAUAGCAUCUACACUAGUCAUCGGUGAUGUUGAGAUGCUCAGCUCUCUCGAAGGACUAGAAUGUCUGAUUCUCGAAGGAGUAUACUAUAUAAAUGCCGGGGACCUCCGUCGUGCGUGGUCAGUGUUUCGGCGAGCUAUUGCCCUCGCUCAGCUUCUGGGCUUACCCAAGAGACACACCAGCCUCGUUGUUCUUGAUCCUCAGUCGAUGGCAUCCCCUUCGUUUAUGUGGUAUCGAAUCGUCCAUCAAGAUAGAUACCUAUCUCUUAUGCUAAGUUUACCUCCCGGAGUUGAUGAAGCCACCAUCGCCGUUCCGGAUAGACUAGAGCUGGUCGAUUGUCCAUCUGAAUAUCUCGAGCGUAUUCACUGCGUCUUAACGGGACGAAUGGCUGCUCGUAACAACAGUAUCAAUGAAGAGGACCUUGCGGAGUAUUCAACAACAUCGACUAUUGACAAAGAAUUGCAAAAAGCUGCCGAACAUAUGGCGCCUGAGUGGUGGCUGUUACCAACUACGAAACGCCAGGCCAACGGCGCCGUGACUGGGAAUGACAAACUUGAAGAUGUGUUACGAAUCCUGGUCCACAUCACGCAUUUCCAGCUACUCAUCCUACUCCAUCUGCCGUAUAUGCUUCUUUCUUCUCCAGAGCGCCCAUACAACUACAGUGAGGCGGCUUGCGUGAAUGCAAGCCGUGAGUGUCUAAACCGCUACAUACGAUUUCGGUGCAUGGACAAAGUCCCCUUUUGUUGUCGAGCCAUCGACUUUGCAGCCUUCAUCGCCUGUCUUGCCCUUCUUCUCGCUCAUCUUGAUGAGUCUUGUCGCAGUCCGAAAACAGCAUGUGUUCUUGCACAUCAUCGCCUUAGCGACCGUGCCAUGGUUGAAGAAGUGCUUGAGCUUAUGAAAGGAUUGGAUCAGGAAAGUAACGAUGAGGAUGAUGUGCUCCUACGCCAGACAGCAAGUAUCCUGGCGCACUUAUCCUCCAUCACAGCGGAUGCCGCGAGCCGGACUAAUGACAAUUUGAUAAAUGUCCCGACAAGCACAGACGCGGAUAUUUCAAGUCACUGUCUUCGGCUUGCGAUACCAUGCUUUGGUAGAGCAAGCAUUACUAGAAAUGGUAUCCACAAAGAGAAGCGGUCGGAUGAGAGCUACCACGGGGUGCAUGAGGCAUCGCCCUCACUUUCCUCCUCUACCAGGCUUGGAGUACGGCAAGAGGGGUCAUCGGGAACAAUUUUGCAGGGCGAUUUGUUGACAGGAAGUUUCAUGCAGAUGUAUACUCAAGAUAUUUCCGUGGAUCAAUUUGCAGAAAACGACUGGACUCAACAUGAACUCAACGCCUCGUCUUUUGAAGAACCUCUGGUACUUUCAUACGAUUAUGGUAUAGGGACUGGUUUGUUUCUACCUUCCACGCAAGAAUCCGACCAACGACCUGGGAUGAACGAGCUCUAG